AUGGACUUUCGAUCGAACCCCAAAUAUCUAGGCUUCGACCUGAUCCAAGCCACAUACAAGAAAGUCGGCAGCCAUGAGAUCGAAACCACAAUCCUAGUACCUCAAACUCCAUACACCGGCAAAAGGCCCACGAUAAUUCGCAUUCACGGCGGUGGUCUGGUAAUGGGCGACUCACUUUAUCCACAAUUCUGGCCGCAGUGGCUCUCAGAUCUUGCUCUGAAACAUGGAGCAGUCAUCGUCAGCCCCAACUACCGUCUCCUACCUGAAGCAACGGGCCUGGACAUCCAUGAUGACCUGGAGGAUUUCUGGACCUGGCUGCAUACCCCUGAAAUCCACAACAUCCUGGGCAACCGCACAGCACCGACCGAUCUCGAUCUCGAUCGUAUUCUGCUGGCUGGCGACUCCGCGGGUGGACUCCUAAGUGUAAACUUUACGCUCUCCCAUGGAGCAGACAUCCGCGCGGUUACAGCGGCCUACCCGUGUGUAUCGCUAGACGCACCCGAGUUCGUCAACACUCGCACGAUCCUGCCAUUCGGUAUCAACACACCCGAGACAUUUAUCACAGACCAUUUGGCAUCUAACCCUCUUGACAACCCUGUCUCAUCCGAUGCUUCACCUGCUCGUACAACGCUGAUGUUUGCUGGUAUCCAGCAUGGGGGGCUGGGUCCCUGGUAUGCGCGAGGGUCAGAGAAUUCUCCCCGUCGUGGUUUGAUAUAUCCUCUGGAGCGACUUGAGCAACCAGGAAUCCAGUUCCCCAAGGGCGGUCUCACAAUCACGCAUGGCCGACAAGAUAGUGUGGUGCCAGUGGAGCAGUCGGAGAGGUUCGUGGCAAGAGCGCGCGAGGUGACGAAGGGCCAACCGGUUAGCGAGAAGAUCGUCUUGGUUCUGCAGGAUGGGGAGCACGGGUUUGACUCGGAGCUACGGUAUGAGGAGACUUGGUUGAAGGAUGCGUUGAGGACGGCGGUUGAGGUGUGGUUGGAGUGA